CAGAGCUUCUUGGAGCCUAGUGUGCCUUUCUGAAGCCACCAUUCUGCUCGCUUGCAUCAUUGGCCUCUCUCCCCCACUCUCCCGCUUCACUGCUCCAGCCUUCAAGUCUCUUUCUCCCACCUCUGCUCCACUGCCCAACCCUUAAAUCAAUUCCGAGCACUCCACCAGCUAAAUUGUUUUGUGGAGAAUGAGAGAGAUGGAGGCACUGGAGAAGAAAAGCCACAGAUCCUUGGCCAAAGCCAAACCACUCAAGCCCUCCUACAACUACAAUGCCCCAUCCAGGCACAAGCGUUCCAAGAGUGAUUUGGAGGAGAAAAAUGCCAACGAUGCGCUGCAUUCUUCGCAGAAAGCGUCUCAUAAUCAGCCAAAGUUGAAUGGCAGAAACUCAAACUCUCAUCUGCAGAGCGAAACCAACAAGGGAAUCCAGCCCAAGACUGACACGCAAGACUCACUCAGAAAAGAGAUUGUGCAGCUGGAGAGGCACCUUGACGAUCAGCAAACGGUGCGCGGCGCACUGGAGAAAGCGUUGGGUCCCAACCCUGCUCCGCUCACUCUGUCCAAUGAGAGCCCAAUCCUCCAGCCCACUAACCAGCUGAUAAGGGAGGUUGCCACAUUGGAACUGGAGAUCAAGCACCUGGAGCAGUACCUCCUAACACUGUACAGGAAGGCAUUUGAGCAAGCGCCCACGGUGCCAUCCUCACUUGUCGUCCGUCAGGAGGAGCCGGCGCCGCCAAAGCCGUCAGUGAGCUCACGGUCUGCGCAGAUGGAGGAAACGCCCAAGCCAAAGGCCACCGCCGGAAGAGGUGGCGAUGCGAUGCUCCAUUACAGCUGCCCUCCCCUUAGCAAGAGGAGGAAUGGCACGAUGAUGGAGGACUGCUCUCCGUCCACAUGCCCAACCAAGGCCAUGGACUCUGAUCAUGGCCUGCGCAGCCAGUCCGCGCUGUCGUUCCGCGGCGUGUGCUCGUCGAGGAUAUCGCCGUCGGAGGAGAGCCUGGCGAGAGCUCUUCGCUCCUGCCACUCUCAACCUUUCUCCUUCUUGGAGGUGACCCAUCUGAAUUUUCCAAUUCCACAGUUGGCUUCAGACAGUUUCAUGUUGAAGUUCAGACACAACAUACUACUGGAAGGAGAGGCUGCUACUACAUCAGGAGUGGUAAGCCUGGCUGACUAUCUGGGGACUAAUGUGGCUGACCACAUCCCUGAAACCCCAAACAACCUUUCUGAGGAGAUGGUGAGGUGCAUGGCAGGGGUGUACUGCAAGCUCGCAGAUCCACCUCUGGUUCACCACCGUGCAUCGUCGUCGCCGACGUCGUCGCUCUCAUCGACGACGAGUGUGGUCUCCCCACAGUACCUUGGGGACAUGUGGAGCCCCAAUUGCAGGAGAGAAGCCACUCUGGACUCGCGGCUGAUCAACCCGUUCCACGUCGAGGGGCUCAAGGAGUUCAGUGGACCGUACAACACAAUGGUUGAGGUCCCGUCGAUUUCCCGCGACCGCCCGAGGCUUAGAGAAGUCGAAGAUUUGCUCCAAACUUACAAGUUAAUUCUUCAUCGGUUGGAGAGCGUCGACCUCCGGAGGAUGGCGAACGAGGAGAAGCUCGCCUUCUGGAUCAACAUACACAACGCAUUGUUGAUGCAUGCUUACCUCAAGCAUGGCAUCCCGCAGAACCAUCUGAAGAAGACAUCACUUCUUGUCAAGGCCGAGUGCAAGAUCGCCGGGCGCAGCAUCAACGCGGCGGCCAUCCAGGGGCUGGUCCUCGGAUGCAGCACCCACUGUCCUGGACAGUGGCUGAGGACUUUGCUGCAGCCAAGGAUGAAAAGCAGAGGGAGCAAAGCAGGGGGGCAAUGGCAAGCCUUUGCCAUCCAUCGGCCCGAGCCUCUCCUGCGCUUCGCGCUUUGCUCCGGGAGCCACUCCGAUCCCGCGGUGAGGGUGUACACGCCGAAGCGGCUGUUCCAGCAGCUCGAGGCGGCCAAGGAGGAGUACAUCCGCGCCACGGUGGGGGUCCGCCCGCCGGACCAUCAGCACCGCCGCGGCAGGGUGCUGCUUCCCAAGCUGGUGGAGGCCUACGCCAGGGACGUCGGCCUCUCGCCGGAGCGGCUCCUCGACGCGGCGCAGCGGUGCCUGCCGGAGAGUGUGCGGGCAGCGGUGCAGCGGUGCCGGCCGCAGCAGCAGCAGCAUCAGGGGACGACGGCGAGCAAGGCGGUGGUGGAAUGGGCGCCGCACAGGCAGAGCUUCCGGUACCUGCUCGCCAGGGACCUCGCGUUCCCGCACCUCAGCUGAUCGCAGCUUCCACGGGCCACGGCAUUGGCCAUCACCCGCAUUGUUGCCGUGGCUGGGCCUUUGCUUGACUUGACUUCAUUGAUUAGUGGCAGUGAACGAGAUUAAUUAAGUCAUCACUAAAUUGUUGAUAGAUUUGGUUCUAGGAUUACACUACUUAUCUCCAUUUUCUUGUGUGUAUCUACUUUGUCCAAGGAGAUGCGCGCGCUGUAAAGACAUUUUGCCUUUUGUAGAUAAAGAUAUGAUGGAGGAUGAGGGCAACCAA